ACGAGGAAAUAAAAGUUUUAGUUAAGAAAUUAUUUUAAUUUUUCGUUAACAACCCUUGUGGCGCACACUGUUAACGUGUAAUGGCGUAUCAUUUUAGUGCUAAUCAGUUCGAGAAGGCUUACGGCGCGAAACGUCUAUGCAAUUGGGAGUUGCCGAAGUGGUAUCCACCAAAACCGCGCGCCCAUAAACAGUCGACGAAAAUAAUCGCUGGCAAUAACGGACAUUUGCUGUGCAGCGCUGAUCGUUCGGAUAAGAAUCCUUGGGGCUACUUUCGCAGCACUUACGAGCUACCGCGUAAAAUAACUCGUAAAUUUGCCGACGAAUACAACGAGUGUCUGAUCAGAAAAUAUAAAUGGCGCAAUUUCCCACGCAAAAAGACUGUUUGCGGGAAAAAAGAUGAGCCACCGAAAUGCGAAGAUAAAUGCGAAACCGUCAGACAUAUUUUCAGUCCAGGUGAGAAAGGCAUUGGAAAGUGCGCUAAGGGUCAAGAUAAAACAAAACUAAAGAAAAAGAAAGGUAAUGAGAAGAAACCUGAAGAGCUUUGUGAACCUAUACAAAUACCACCAGCUUGCUAAAAUACUUUCGUUAUUAUCUCAUAUCUUUUUUGCAUAUUUUAUUUUGUCAUCCACAAGAAUAAUAAUA